GUUUACUGAAUUUCCUUAUUAUAUCCGGGUUUAAUUCACAGAACAGAAGAUAUAAAAGUGUAUCAAUAAAGAUAAUAAGGAGAAAGAACACGAUGGAUAAAAUGGGAUCAAAAGUAGCAUGAGUAUUCAGCUGAAAAAUCUAUCAAUACAACAAUGUCCAACCAAAAUGUAUACGGUGAUUGUACCAAGAAAAUAUCAACAAAUACAAGUUUAUUGAGAAAUGUAUGGUACCAAAGUAAGAUAACCCAGGUACGAAAAGAAGUAUGCAGUAGUUACUCUCAGUAUCAAUCAGUCAUCUUUGUGAACGACUUUGUGAAUAAGAAGACUUCAAGGAGUAACGAUCUGUCUACCGACGAAAUUCAACGAAUCCAUAUUCAAAACGCAGAGAACGCUAUUCCUACUUCUUGCAGUAUAAAGAUUCAUAACAUUGAGACAGACAGGAGUCAUAGCUUGAUAUCGAAAAGAAAUGUUCAUGGAUAUCUAUGUAAGGAAGUUGCAAGCAAAUACAAAAAGAUGUACGAUGAACCAUGGACGCCUGAUAUUUACAUAACAGAUGAGUAUUUAGACAGACUUAACAUUCCGCCAGGCAACCAAAGAAACCGACUCAUAAUAUUCUACUCACAAUCCAAAAUUCUUUUUUGCUUUUUAUCGUAUCACAUUGGGAAUGAGUCCAUUGUUAGGUUUCGCAGGAUAAUAAUUGAUAAGAAAUAUCCUCAUAAUAUAGACUUUUUGAGUAAUACACUACUUGCAAGUGGAAGUAGAGCGGAGGGUUUGGAUAUGAAAGGAAGCGACACAGAUAUCAUGCUGAUAGACUCCACAAUUGAAGCGUAUGAAGGUGAUGAUAAAUCGAAUCCCUUGAUAUCAUGUCGAUACGAUUCUAUGUCAUCUGACUUAAAACCAGGAUACGUACUGGUUGAAGCUUGGAUGAGAGGUUAUCCGUCUACUCUGCUUUCAAGUUCUUUCUUUAAAACAAGCAUUUCUGUUUUCGCUCCUUUUCUGAAAUUGAUUUUUCAAAUGGAACCUCAUGGACCAGCUAUGUCCGCCUCAACGUUUGGAGACGAAUUUGAUUUAGUUUAUUGUAUAAAAACUGUCACUUGGCCAAACAUUGCGAGCGAAUGGGUGUUUAGGAAAAGAAAAUACGGAUGGCCUUCGCAGGAAAUGAUCCAAAGUAUUCAAAGUCAAGGCUGUCAUUUAGUUCCUGUCAGUAGUAAAGUAGAUGCUAGAACCACAGAAGAAAUUGAAUGGAGACUAUCAUUUUCAUUUGCAGAAAAGGAGCUAGUUCAUUCUUUUAGUCAUACACAACUGUUAGUAUAUGGAUUACUGAAACUCAUUUUGAAAGAGGUAAUAGAUGUCCACCAUGAUAUAGCAGAACAUUUGUGUUCUUACUUUUUGAAGACCACAGUUUUCUGGGUAAUAGAAGACAACCCACAAUCUAUUUGGAAUGUCGAUUUCCUUAUUUUAUCAUUCCAUUUAUGCCUGGAACGUCUUAUUCAAUUUAUUGUAGAGGAAAACUGUCCAAACUACUUUGUUCGAAUCAAUAAUAUGUUUUUAGAACGUUUCACAUCAGAAGGAAAAGAAAAAUUGCUGGCGCUCUUGUGUGAAAUACGACACAGUGGAUUCAGCUGGGUUACUUUAAGUUCAACCUUGAGAAAACUUAAAACUUUUCUAAAAUAUCCACUAUCAAUACGAUCGCUUAAUUGUGUUCAAAAUGUAAAGUUUAAAAAAGAAUGUUUAAGACUGAUUUUAGAUCUGUCAAGACACGCAAAAUUCAUUAUGAGCAAUAUGAUCAUCGCAAAUCGACAGAAAUUCCUCCUAUCAUAUGUAAAGUGUAUGGUGAAUACACCUGUUAUCCGGUGUAGCUUUCUGAGUCACAUUUGUCACUUUUUAGACAUAGAUGAUAAGAAAAUGACCCAUAAAGAUCUACAUAUCUUACGAAAACUAUACAUACAGUUAUUGUGUAUAGGAUGUAGGGCAGAUUUAGCGUGUGGUAAGACAAUGCUAGCAAGCUGGUUGUAUAAUCAGGGAAAGUUUCAAGAAUGCUUACACGUAACCAGUUUUGUUUUAGAAAGCGUUAAGUUCAGAUGUUUCCAUGUUGGCUCUAAAACUGUUACGGAAUGUUCUAGCACAACACAUAUGACGCGGGAUUUCAGUCAACAGUUUCCAAGUCAUUUAAAUCAUUAUUAUACCGAAAAUAUCACUAUUUCUGAUAAGCCCGGAAAAAUAUCUGUGAGAGAACUGUCUAGAUUUUUUAAUUGUAUUUUAAAUUUGUUAUCCAUAGAAGACUAUAGGCGACGAAAUGCAUUCUUUUACCAAGUUUGUCCUGAAGUGUAUUGUUAUUUUUUGCGAUUUCUAUGCUAUCUAAGGCAAUCGGAUUUACUACAUAGUGAGGAGGAUUUUAACAAAAUGAUACAAGUUCAUUUCGUUGGAUCAGAAUACGAGAAACAAAUUCAUGAUUUAAUUGUAACUAUCAUGAAAAUCACGGGAAGAAUUAUAACACGAAAUGUUCAAAAUAACUGUGAAAGUGACAUCUUUACGAUGAAUGAUUUUUUUCAUAUUGAAACAGAUGGAGAUCUUUCAGCGUUUCGUGAUGUCGAUGUUUCAAAGUUAUCUAGCUUUUUCAAUAGCUUAAAUGAUUAUGGAUGUGAUGAAAACUAUAUGAGAAGAAUUUUUGCGUUUCCUAGUUCGAUAUUUCAAACAAUUUUCGGUUUUUUAAAUAAAUAA